AUGGGCUGGCUCUCCAUUGUUAUCAGCCUCUGGCUCCUCCAUCUCGCUUUUGGCCUCUCCUUCGAGGUGCUGCCGCAAUGCCGAGAAGCUGUCAAAUAUUCGUAUGGGCAGGUGUCAGGCUCCGAAUACUACGGUUACGAGAUCCCGAUCGACUUGAAGCUCAGCACCACCGAUACGUCGCUGAACAUUUGCGCGGAUUUGGUGAUGCGGCAUAGCGGAUACGGUAUGCGGCGUACGAAAACCGGCACAAAAGUGGGGCGUCGACAUCGGCGACUUGCCGAGCGUGCCGUGAUCAACACACAAGGUCGUUUACCCAACGCUACGGUCGAAUAUUUGGCCCAGUUUCCGUGGAAGGGAAUACAGAUCAACGACGAAUAUGAUGAUGACAACACCGGGCUCUGGGACGCGCUCACCAGGUUGUUGGAGAUGGUGCCGACGAUAGAGGAGCUCUACCUUCUCGGCACCAACCAGAAGCUCGACGCGAAGCAGACGGCCUUCUUGGACGUGCUCGCCAAUAGGACUUGGAAAAUUAUCAGCAACGAGGGGUUCCCCUGGCCGAAGACCCUCGACUUCAAGACGACUCAGCUGAAGGCCGUCCGCAUCUUCGACACGAAGCUAAAAGUGGUCCCGACUUGGAUCAAGUCGGCCAAGGGGCUACAGUACCUCCAGAUAGACAAUGGAGGGACGGAACUUGGAGAGCUGGGGACCAUUGCUGAUUUGCCGGUCCUCGAGCACUUGAUUCUGACCAGAUGCGGCAUGACCUCAGUGAACAAUAGCCUGGUCACCUCCCCGAAACUGAUCUCCCUCGAUCUGACAUGCAACACAAUUACCGAGAUUCCGGAUGGGUUCUUUGACGCCAUGCCUGGUGUUCAAUUCCUCAGCUUACUCGGCAAUCCGAUCACCAGCUUCACCCAGCGUCUGAUGAAGCCACUUACCAAUUUGAAGCAUCUGGAUAUUGGGAGGCAAACCCUCUACUCUGGCAGCAAGCUCGGCGCCAACUUCUACCUGAAUCGAGUAGGGCGGCGAGUUCUGUGCACGACAUACAAGGCUUCAGAACCGAAACUCUCCUCUUUUCCUCCGGACCUCCUGCCCAACCCGUCCAAACUGGUCUCACUCGAGAUCGUGGGCCAGGAUCAGAUCCAGUUGGCCCCAGACUAUUUCGCCGGAUUUCCGAGUUUACAAAUGCUGAACCUGCACGGCGUCAACUUGAGCACGAUGGUCGGGUUAGGCUUGGAGAAAAUCGCCGGGCUGAAUUAUGUUAGAGCCAGCGCGCUGCCGUUUAAGACCGUUGACUGGUUCCCCGAAGAGGUCAUCACGAAUCUGAAUAACCUUCAACAUCUCUUUUUGCAGGAUUCGAACGUGGUGGAGUUGAACGCGCCACUGGUGGCCUUGGCCAAGACGUCGCCGUUUUUCUGUGGAGAGCUGAAGUACGAUAUAGACUCUUAUCGGAUGACGAAGUUGAGCACCUGUGCGCUGAGCAUCCUUGGCCAAGUCCUGAGCGCUGAGGGCGUCUCCCCGAACUGCACCCAAUCAGCCGACACCCUCAUCUCCGAAGCGAAACAGCUGAUCGCCACCAAAUUCGAG